GAGACCCACACCACGGUCCUCUGUCCAAGGCUCUUUUCGAGCUACCGCGUACGGUGAGCUAGGGGCAAGAGCACCAGUCAUGAAGAGCCCUGCCGUUUCGGCAAAGAAGCGCCAUGGCGGCGGCGCGGGGUUCGGGCUUGGGUGCGGUUGCAAGGACGCGAAGAGCGUGUCGGUGUCCGCGUCCCCGUUUCUGUCCGCGACGACAGGGACGUCGACGACGACGGGGACGCGUCGCGGGGGCACCUGGAGGAACCCGUCGGCGUCGACGACGACGGACACCCUGACCCUGACAUCUGCCUCGUCGUGCUCCCUUUGGGAGGAUGCCGUGGCGGAGUUGGGCUACAAGGACGGUGGCUGCCGGCUGCAGGAGAGCUCCGUCCCCACGCCGAGCUUCUCCGGCCUGCUGCGCGAGCUCAGCGAGCUCGAGCAGAGCGUCGCGUCGUGGGGGCGGAAGGGCCACCACCACGAGGAGAAGCACUCGCCGUCGCCGCCGCCAAUGCAGCAGGAGCACAGGAGAGCGAAGGGCGACUUCAGAAGCGCCAAAGAGGACCGCUUCGGAGUCGACGGAGACGGCGGCGUGGGGCUCGAUGGGAGCGUGGCUGUGGUGAAGCAGUCAGACGACCCGCUCGGCGACUUCCGGCGGUCGAUGCUGCAGAUGAUCGUGGAGAACGGGAUCGUCGCCGGCGAGGACCUGCGCGAGAUGCUCCGUCGCUUCCUCGCCCUCAACGCGCCGCACCACCACGAUGCCAUCCUCCGGGCCUUCGCCGAGAUCUGGGACGACGUAUUCGCCGCCGCCUCCCACGACGCCACUCCCAGCCGGGCCCCCGUUUCCCGCCGCGAACCGGGCAGGCCGCCCGUGCCCAGGACGCCACCACGCCGCCACCGCUCGCCACCGGCAUGGCGCGUGUAAGGCGUACGCGUCGCAUAUGUACAUUGUCUUUAUUACCGGGCAAUUUACGUUACUUGGAGCCACAACAUACUAUGUCAGAUUAUCAGUUCAUUCCAUUCCAUUUCCGCGCGAAAAAAAGCACGAAAAUUUGCUAGCUGUGUGUACCGGUGAACAUGCUAGAUCCUGUACUGUUUGUGGAACUAAUCAUGACGCGUCCUGGUAAAUAGAGAAAGGUCGUGAAAACGUUGCUUUUUUGGUUUUGGAAUUUGGAUCGAUGGGGACGGACGCCAUGGACGUGAAAGAAGGCCGUGCUAGGAAUGGCAAUUGGGUUUCGUUUCCUGUAAAUCGUGUCGGUCCCCAUCCUAUCUCCUGCUAUAUCAUGAUA